ACUCGACAAUCUACAGCCACCCGUUGAGCUGUGCGGUCAGUCCCAGCUGCUGUUUGUUGUUUCGACUUUGAGGUUAUAGCCUACUUCACUGUAAUGGCUGGUGAAUCGAAAAUCAAACUAUCCUACUUCACUCUCGUAGGGCUUGCAGAGCCUAUUCGAUUUAUGCUGUCCUAUCUCGGAAAAGAUUUUGAAGACUACAGAUUUGGAGGGAAAGAAUGGCUAACAAUCAAACCAAAUACUCCAUGGGGCAAAUGUCCAGUGCUGGAAUUGAAUGGACAGAAAUUGACUCAAAACGUGGCCAUCUGCCGCUACCUGGGGAAGGAGGCAGGACUGGGUGGCAAGGACAACUGGGAGGAUCUCAAGAUCGAUGAGAUAAUUGAUGUCCUCACCGAUCUUCGUAUUGAAUUGGUGAAAUACCACUACGAAAUGGACGUAGCAAGGAAAGAAGCACUGAAAGGGCCUACCUUCAACGAGAUUGUGCCAUUUUACAUGAAAAAACUUGAUGACCAUGUAGCAAAGAACAAUGGUUAUUUGGCCAACGGAAAGUUUUCAUGGGCUGACCUGUACUAUGGUGCCCUUAGCGACUGCCUGAACUAUCUGUUAGGCACUGAAAUAACAGAUGGCUACCCGAACAUGAAAGCUCUGAAGGAGAAGAUCUUCGCGCUGCCCGCCAUCAAGGCCUGGGUCGACAAGCGCCCUCCGGACGAUUUGACCUUUAAAGAAGAGUUGGGUUUAAUCCCCAAAAAAUAAUUGGAGUGUCACCACCUGAAAAAUAAAUUUAAUAAUUCUAAUGAUAAUCAAUUUUAUAUGGAAUAAGUAAUGUUUAAUAAAAUUCUUCAUAAAUUAAA